AUGGCGACUAUUAUGGAAGCACCCAUGCUGGAGAAACCUCCUCCCGCAUUGGACAAGUAUGACGACUCCACAUAUCCGGAUGAUCAUCUCAGAACGUUUGUUAAUGCGAUGGCGUUAUACUCGUCUAGUGAUCCUGUUAUGUGUAGGGCAUUUUCAUUGUCACUUAAGGGGGAGGCAUUAGCUUGGUAUAAUACUCUCCCCCCAAAUAUAGUGGACUGCUUUGCCACUGUUGAGACUCUUUAUGGAAGACAAUAUGCUUCUAGUCAGGUACAAGAAUUAACGCAUGUAGCAUUGGUUAGUAUUAGGCAGGAGAAGGAAGAAACAUUGAAAGCUUUUAUGAAGAGAUAUAAUGAGACAACACGACGGGUGAAGGAUGUCAAUCAAACCUUGAUCAUCAACAACUUGUCUUCAUGUUUAAAAGUCGGGCCAUUCGUAGAUAGUUGUGCUAGACCACCUAAAAUCGUAGAUGAACUCCAAGAGAGAGCUGCGAAAUUUAUCCGUAUUGAAGAUAUACGAAUUUCUCGGAAGAGGGAUGGUAGGCGACCAUUUGGUAGCAACGACAAAGGCGGGGGUUCUUGUCCUAAGGACUUGCCUCGAAUACCCAGGUUUAAUCAUUAUACCGCUCUCAAUUCCCCUAGGGAAAAAAUUUUGCAAGAGGCCCUCAAUUCUGAGCUCAUUCCCUCUGUCAAGAAGAAGCCUACACCUAGAAAUGGCGAAUGUGGUCAUGGUUAA